AUGGCGGCAGUGAACCUGUAUGAGUUGCUGAAGCUCACACACACCCCAUUUCUGUUAAGGUCCCGUCUGCCAAGGGUCUCCCUUGAGAAAACUUUGCUGGAGGUCUCAAAGGAGUUGGAGGAGACGGCCGCUGUUUUGCAGGACUUGAGAGCACAGUGCUCCUUUCUCCACGGGAACCCGGCCGGUGCCGCUCAGCCGCUGGACGAUGGCACGGUGCUGCAGGCCCUCAAACUGGCCGCCUCCGACUUCGGCCAGCUGCUGGUGGCCUUCGAGCAGGUGCACCGGAGCGAGCUGCGAAAGCACUGUGAACGCCCCGUGCCUCCGCUGAGCCCCUGCGGCCCCCUCUUCAAAGCCUUGCAGUGGGAUCUUUCGCUCUGCGUGCAGGAGUUGAAAAGUCUCGCCCAGAUCACAGAAACAUCCGAGAACAUUGUGAAUACAGUUGACCGGCAGCAAGAGGAGAAGAUACCAUGGAGAGGUUCCGCCAAAGCCACGUUGCCUUCCAAGCUUAAAGAACUGCGUGAGAAAUACAAGGUCAUCGAUGCCCUGCUCCACGAACUGUCAGUCAUUGAGACCCAUGCGUAGGUGCCCGUCUCUCUGUGAAAGGGACUGCCUUACUCCAGGUAGCGGACCCGAAUGGUGGAAGCCCUGCUUGUGUGUUCUCCCCCUGUACAUAAAUAUGUUUAGAAAUAAAGAGCCUUUUUCCUCUUUA